GGAAGCAAAUUGCUAGCUGCGCUGGAUCGCGAAAAGGGUGUCGACCACAAACUCGAACGCCAAAAGAAACAGCAAAAAGCCGCCGAGAAGAGAAAGAGAUCGAGAAUUGAGGAUCAGGAAGACGAGGCUGUUCUCGAGAAUGCGAUAAAGAAGGCUGAGGAGACUGUGUCGGGUGCUGCUGGUAAGAAGGACAAGAAGGGUGCAAAGCGCGCAAAGGUCGAGCAAGAGGAGGAAGUUGAGGAAGAGGAUGAGGAGUGGGAGACUGAUGAUGAGGAUAAGACGCAUGCUUCCUUUGCUCUCUCCUCCAAGCUCCCCUUCUCUGAGAACCAAACCAUUGUCAGCGACGCCCCCACCGAGAUCCCCGAUAUCGAUGACGACCUGAACCGCGAACUUGCCUUCUACAAGCAAUCCCUGGAUGCAGUUACCAAGGCUCGCGGUCUCCUCAAGAAGGAAGGUGUGCCGUUCUCUCGCCCUGCAGACUACUUUGCUGAGAUGGUCAAGAGCGACGAGCACAUGGGCAAGAUCAAGAGCAAGUUGAUCGACGAGGCGGCGAGCAANAAGGCCUCCGCCGAAGCACGAAGACAGAGAGAUCUCAAGAAGUUCGGCAAGCAAGUCCAAGUCGCCAAGCUGCAAGAGAGAAGUCGCGAGAAGAAGGAUACCUUGGACAAGAUCCAGCUUCUCAAGAGNAAAAAGGGCGAAGACAUUGGCAACGCAAACGAAGACGACAUGUUCGACGUCGCCCUCGAGGACGCCGCCGAGACGGAAAAGAAAGACAAGGCCGCUCGCAAGGCCGGCGGUGCCGAUUCGCGCGGAGGCAAGAACAACUUCAAGCGCGUCAAGCGCGACGAAAAGUACGGCUUUGGAGGCAAGAAGCGCUUCUCCAAGAGCAACGAUGCAAAGUCAUCAAGCGAUAUGAGCGGCUAUUCGUCAAAGAAGAUGAAGGGCGGAAAGAAAGCUCAAAGACCUGGCAAGAGCAGGCGUGCAAACAGAGCCUAA